CUGUUGAAAAAUUCAGCGCAACACCAAUACGGGAGUUUCUAAACCUCAAAAUCUGGAGUGCUUUACGUAUCAUCGAAUUCAUUGAACAACGACAUCAUAAAAAUGCCGGGGAAACGGAAAGCGGACGACAUGGCCUCUUCAGAAUCAAGGGAUAGGCCUUCCAAAGCAGCAAGGCUCAAGGCAGCAAGGGAAAGAGCUUCGCAAUAUGCGAAACGUGACAAGGAGUCGCUCGAAAAGCAAAAGGCCAAAAAGAAUGCACCAGCCGCUUCCCAGAAGCACACGAAAGCCACCACAACGGAAGCCGCAGCACCGAAAGCAGCGGCAACAAAAUCUCCAGACAAGACCAUGUCGACUGCAGAACGCAAAAGGGUCGCAAGGGAAAAUGCGAAGAAAUUUGCGGCAAGAGACAUGAAAAAACUGGAAUCGAAGAAAAAGUCGUCACCUUCUGCUGUGGGGCUCAAGAAAGAACGAAAAUCAAAAGAAACAAAGCAGCUAAGAAAAUCUUCCGGAAAGCAGCAGAAGACAGAAGCAAUUGCACCUUUGGCUCUGGAUCCUGCCGAAACGAAUCGUACUGCACACUCAAUCGAACCGAUGAGAGUCGUGGAAUCCACCCCAUCUCAGGGGAACUUCCCGCAUAUUGCAUCCUACCAAAACACCAUGCCGAAUUAUCAGAACUUUGGUGUUGACACGGACCCGACCCAAAUCGCAUCGUUACAGCAUCACAUCCAACAACAUCAGUUCCAACAACACCAGCUCCACCAACAUCAGAUUCAGCAUCAGAUGCAAAUCCAGCGGAUGCAAGAAUUAGCAUGGCGGCAACAGCAACAAGAACAACGUGAAGCCCUGCAACAGUUGAUGUUACAGCGUCAACAACAAGAAGAGCUAAUGAAAGCCGUCAGCAUUCCAAUGUUUCAGGAGGACAGCGAACUGUUUUCUGCCUCUCAAAUCGACAAGACUGUGUUUUCAUCCGAUUCUAUAGCUCCGCAAGCUGCCACCAAGAAUAAUGAAUCACAUGUGCUACCUUCAGCGAGCUCAGACCCUAAUAUAGCCACCAAGGCAGAAGUGGAUGAUGUUGGUAAGCGACCUCCAUCCGAUCCAUCGGCCCAAACGGAAGUAAGCCAAGUGAUCUCUUCGAACGCACUAAUCGGCACAGAUGACUCAGUUCAUCAAUCUUCCCCCGAGAAGGAAAAGGACAACAAAGAAGGAAAGGAGAAACACGCAGUCGAUGACGAGAAUGGAAAUACAGAACCUAUCACUAGUGCUCUUGGAAUUGAAGAACACUCAGAACCCUCUCAAAAUGCUGUUGAAAACGAGGAAAAGGUGGAAUCAACGAAGCGAAAAAUGAACUGGCGCCAAACAUCCGUAGCAGUCAUUGUCGCUUUGCUUGCAAUCGUUUUCUUCCAAAUAGUACCAGCGCCAAAUACUGAUGUAUCACAGAUUCCAGAUGAAAAUUCGACCGAUUCGAAAGAAAUGCUGUGCUAUUUCGAUUUUCCCGAGUCUGAAGUCGACGUACCUUGUUUGUUAGAUGGAAACGAGGGCGUAGAAUGUCCCGAACGUGGUGUGUGCGAAAACGGAUACUUCGUUGGGUGUGUAAACCAGUUUGAAAAUAGAUCGGAUCAAGGGGAUAAGUGCGUACUGAAUGAAGACUUGAAAAGGGCCAUUACGAAUCAGCUCAUGAGGCAAGCCUCGCAAAUUUGUGACCAAACUUCGGAACCAAAAUUUAAAUACUCCAUGCUGCAAGAAAUAGAUUCAGCUAUUCCGGAAACUAAUGACGACGUGCAAAAAGUUUUGAGAGAAGUAGGAUUUGUUGUCGAGGAGAGAGAGGAUGGUUUGUACGUAGCACUUCCCGAAGAUUUCAACAUGAGUUUACCAAUUCAUUGUGCCAUCGGAAAUAUAGGGCAGUGGUUUCUUGAAAAGUUAGGUCUUCUCAUAUUGGGAUUAUUCGGGUCCGCUUGCAGCUUUGCUUGGGCCUAUAAGAAGCUUUCUUUGGCUUUUGCAACACUCUUUUUGUGUGGGAUGAAAUAUCACGACCAUCUUGCUACGAAAGCAAGGCGUCAAGAGGAUGUCAAGCGAACUCGUGCAUUAGCAUAUAAGACACUCGAAGAGAGUCCUGCAGUAGAUCACUGGGCCAUUCAUAUUCGGGAUGAAAUAGCUUUGGCGCUCUACCCGGAUUCCAAAAAGCUUCGACUCACUUUACGAAAAGAUGUCUGGCCAAAAAUCGUAGAUGAUGUGAAGCGCGAUACCCGCAUCCGCAAGUGCCAGAAAUUAAACGAGGAUGGAAACGUAUGGGAUAAGUGGCAAUGGACAGCGGUGGCCAAAUCUUCUAGUGAAUCGUGAAGAUGGAAGUCCUUGAUAUUAUAAGGAAGAUGACAUAAAUGCAAUAAAUCUUUGUUUAGCUA